AUGUCAACAGAUACAGAUACCAAGCGUAUACCUCUCAACUUGAGGCGGUUGGAGCUGAAGAUGCGUCCUUCUAUGUUCUUCCGGAAGCAUCGCAGAGCGUUCUCCACCGAGGAGUCUACGCAGAAGAAGGUGGUGAAGCUACCGACGUCGACACCGACGUCUCCGCAACGCCAGCUAAUGUCUGAAGAGCCGGUGAUAGUGGUGACGCCUCCUAUGAGAGGGGACAGUCCAGGAGCCAGAUCACCACGGAACCUGGCGAGGGCGAGAUCUCGUACGGUUGGCUCGAUAGAGAGUGACUUGCACAGGAAGCGAAGCAGGUCGCUUGUCCGCACUCUGGGCGGGAUGCUCUCAACACGGAAGCUGCUCGAGACCGACUCGUCCACGGAGUCCAUCUUUGCAGUGAAAUCAGAUAUCACGAUGUCUGAGGAUGAUACGCCCGAGACCUAUGUCGAGAAGAUGGUGGAAGCAGACACGCCGACGGCCCUUGUUCAGCUGUCGUCAACGGACACUGACGUGAUGAAGGAGUGCCUCAAGUUGUAUAUGGAUACGCUCAAUUUUGAAGCACAGUCUCUCGAUGUUGCGCUGCGUGAGUUUCUCUUUGAGUUUGAGCUGCCAAAGGAAACACAGCAGCUCGAUCGUGUGCUGAAUGCCUUCAGCCGUCGUUACUACGCCUGCAACUGUGAGCUCUGGAACAAUGAAGACCAGGUGUAUUUCUUGACGUUCUCCUUAAUGCUUCUACAAACAGAUCAUUUUAACGCAUCUAACAAGCACAAGAUGACUAAGGAGGAGUUCAUCAAGAACUCAAGGGUCACUGAUGGGUCCGUGACGGAUAACUCAUUCCUGGGGAAGGAACUGCUCGAGUACUUUUACGAUAACAUCACAUAUACAAAAUUCAUCACACAAUCAUUACUGAUGCAACCACAACCACAACCGUUGUACCUCUUACCCAAGAUGAUAUUUAACUCGAACUCCUCGCUGAACUUGGAGGCUCUGAGCACACAGAGAACUAGACAACGAUCAGGAUCCGUGUCAUCAACAGCAUCUCAGUUUUUCCAAACGGCCUCAAACUCAUCGGAUCCGUACGUUUUGAUGGCCACAGAUCAGCUGGACACUCUGAAAUUGCCAUUGAAACCUUUAGAGGACUUUAACCCAUUUACGAACAAUUCCAUUCAUGCUUUCACAAAUGAUUAUUUGCAACAUGUGACAAACACUUUGAGGUCGGGCAACGCAAUAUAUGUGAGGUUUAACAAGGAUUGCAAUUGGCUUACCGGUAAAACUGAGAUGUUUACAUCUGAAGAAUCAGAGCCUACAGAGAUGGUUUGUGUAAGGGUUUUAAAGAUCGCAGAGAUAUGGAAGGAGGAGACUGUGUCAAACAAGUUCUUAACGAUGGGAAACUACGGCGUGAAAGUGGUGUCCAAGCGUUAUUUUGGUAUCCUAACCAUGUGUGGGCUGUUGUUAUUCGAAAGUUUGGCUUUCAUGAAUGUUGAUGAUCGUGAGAGAGUACUGUCUGGAGAAGAUAACAAAUCAGAACCAUUUUUCAUAACCGUUGAUAACGAUAACUCCCUGAGCAGAUGCCUCAAACUCCCACUGAAUGGCCUCUUUGCAUGUCCUUGUCCUAAGGAGGAAGGGCAUACUUUUAACGUCUUUAGUAAGAACAAGAGGGAAAUGUUCAGCUGUCCGACAUUGGAGGCCAUGUCAGAUUGGGUAUUGGCGAUCAAUUACGUCGCUGCGAUUGAUAUGUGUCAAAUAUGCUACGAACCUCUAAACCGCGAGGUUGUACCCAUCAGAAACAUCAAGAUCGAAGACAAGUUGAAAAAGCUGAACGCACAGAUCCCAAACUCCAGGGCGAAGAUUGACGAGAUUCUAACGUUACAGAAACACGUUCAACUGGCGACGCCAUUUUCACCAAAGACGAGAGAGAACUUGAUGGCUUACUUCCAAUCUCUGAACAUCCGUUUAGAAUGGUUAUGGUAUGAGAUUGAACGUAAUCAAGUUUACAUGAACCUACUAUUGUACGAAGGAGAAGCUUGCUCAAAGGUGUUGGAGUGCAGCACUGACGAGUCACUCCUGGAGGACUCAUUUCUGAGUGAAGGCAUCGACAAGUUGAUACUUUAUGACUAUAUAUGA